AUGGUUCACAUGGAGAGUGACACGGCCAUAUUGUCAGCUGCCAAACAAUGGGUUUCUGCAAACCCGGAGAAGACAGCGCUCCCUUCUCCUACUUCACCUCCAACAUCGUCGUUUGUGUUGGCAAGUUGCAUGAUGACACAGAGAUUGCUGUCCGUCGGUCUCCUGCGGCUUGUGCUCUUAUUGGCCUUCAUUGGCGAGGAAUUCUGGUCACGGAUAUAUGCCCCAGAAGAGACACCAUAUUAGCGCAUGAUCAUUGAGCUUCGGAAUUGUGUCUUGGAGUGAAC